GCUGUUGGGGUUAGAAGUUCUCUCUCGCAGCCAUCUUGGAAACAAGGUCCUGAGUCGCCAUGCCCAGUGAAGCAACAGAAACGGUCCCGGUUACCGAGCAGGAGAUGCAGCAGCCUCAAGUGGAGACUGCUACACCUCCUGCCCCAGCUUCAUCCCAACAACCUCAGGCUGCUUCUGGGCCUGCAAAGCCCAAAGGCAAAGACACCAAGAGUCCGCAGGGUUCCUCUGCCCCAAAGGCUGUUCCUGGCAGAAGAAAACGCUCCUCUAUGUCUGCCUCCUCUUCCUCACCCACCUCCCCAAAAUCAACUCCCUCCUCUACUCCUCGCUCACCUGUGCCAUCUCCACUGGCUUCCUCAGCUGGUAGUCUUUCUGCUAAUCAGGCUAAUCGCCCCACCCCAAAAGUUGUUAAGGCAGGUAAACAAGGAAAAGCUAAAAAGGGAGAGGCAUUUGUGCCUGCACCUGUUCAGGUAGACAGCAAAGUAACCGAUGUAAAGGAAAAGCAACAGGAGGGUCACUUUGAGAAAUCUGCAUCUACUGGACCUAAUGCCACCCCAGCUGAGACUAAAACUCAGCCAGCAGCAGCUGUUGCAGCCCCUGCUGCAUUUAAAGUUACCUCAAAGCCUGCGGUUGCAGCACCAAUUUCAUUUUCAGAUGCAAUUGCUUCAAGCCCUCCAAAGUCUGUUAAGGUGGCUUCACCAAAAGCAGCUCCUGUUAAAGCUGCUGUGAAUGAUGAUCUCCCACCACUUAUCCCACCUGAGAAGCAUGGUAAAGUGCCAGUUGUUUCUCCUGUUGAUAAACAGAGUAUGAAACCUGCUGCAUCUCCUGCUGAAACUAAACCUCAAGGUUCUUCUGCUGUCCCAGCCAAGAAAGGUUCUGAACCCAAACCUGUACCUGCUGAGGCUGCCAAAGCAGCACCCCCAGGUAAAUCUGCAGUUGUUGAGGUUGCAAAACCAGCUCCUACUGAAACUACCAAAGCUACCAAGGGUAAGCCUGCCCCUGGCAAUAUUGCUCAGGACAAACCUGCUUCUGUUGGAGCUGCUAAGCCAGCCAAUGAGACUAAAUCCAUUUCUAAAAUGGCUCCUAAACACGUUGAGGAAACUAAGGGUUCACCUCCAAAGGUUACUAAGCCUGAUGCAGCCCCUGCUCAGGUAGGCAAACCAGCUGAGGUUAAAAAGCCAGCACCUACAAAAGAUGCAAAGGCUGUUGCUGAGGCAAAGAUAGUUGAAGUUAAGGCAGUGUCAGCUGAGACACCUAAAGGCACCAAGCCACCUGCUGAGGUUGCACCUAAAGCUGCCAAGCAAAGUGAUGUUAAAAAGCCUGCACCUGAAAAAAAUGCAAAGAAUGUUGCUGAGGCCAAAUUGGUUGAAGUUAAGGCAGUGUCUGGCGAGGCUCCUAAAGCAGCCAAAAAAGCUGCUGAGGCUGCACCAAAAGCCAAUGUCUCAAGUGAGGAUAAAAAACCAGCACCUGAAAAGAAUGCAAAGGCUGUUGCUGAUGCAUCUAAAAAAGCAAAGCUGGCUUCAGAGGCUGUGCCAAAAACCACUAAGUCAAGUGAUGUUAAAAAGCCAGCACCAGAAAAAGGAUCAAAUGCCAUUGCUGAGGAAAAAUUGAUUGAAGUGAAGGCUGUGUCUGCCGAGGCAGCCAAGGCGGCGACGUCUGCCGAGGCACCCAAAGCAGCCAAGGCGGCGGCGGCGGCGUCUGCCGAGGCACCCAAAGCAGCCAAGGCGGCGGCGGCGCCUGCCGAGGCACCCAAAGCAGCCAAGGCGGCGGCGCCUGCCGAGGCACCCAAAGCAGACAAGGCGGCGGCGUCUGCCGAGGCGGUGCCUAAAGCCACCAAGCCCACUGCCGAGGUUUCAUCUGCUCCCAUAAAACCAGUUCCUGUUGAGCCCGCUGUUCCUCCCCCAGCUACCCGUAAACUCACUUUUGCUGAGGCAGUUGCAAAACCUGCACCUGCCAAGCCUGAAGUUGAGAUAAUUGAUGCUGCCGGUACUCUCUCAAAUCCUGUUGCAACUCCUAAACCUGCUCCCACACCUGGUAAAAUCCCAAACAAGGUGGAGACUGUGAUCAAGAACGACGAGGGAUCCGGCACGGAGUCGGACAGCGAUGACUCUGUUCCUGACCUGGAAGAACAGGACUCUGCACAGACCCAGACACAGCAAGCCCAGCUUGCAGCAGCUGCUGAAAUAGACGAGGAGCCCGUCAGCAAAGCCAAACAGAGCCGCAGUGAAAAGAAGGCACGAAAGGCAAUGUCAAAACUUGGUCUCAGGCAGGUCACAGGGGUCACCAGGGUCACUAUACGCAAAUCAAAGAACAUCUUGUUCGUCAUCACCAAACCAGAUGUGUACAAAAGUCCUGCGUCAGACACGUACAUCGUCUUUGGUGAAGCUAAGAUCGAAGAUCUUUCCCAGCAAGCUCAGUUGGCUGCUGCAGAAAAGUUCAAGGUACCAGGAGAAAACGUAUCAAACAUCCAGGAAAACACACAGACGCCCACAGUCCAGGAGGAGAGCGAAGAAGAGGAGGUUGAUGAGACCGGAGUUGAGGUCAAGGACAUUGAACUCGUCAUGUCACAAGCCAACGUGUCGCGGGCAAAGGCUGUACGCGCCCUGAAAAACAACAACAACGACAUUGUCAAUGCUAUUAUGGAGUUGACGAUGUAAGGGGACCCAGUCGAAGAGUUAAAGAAAGGUUGCUGAUUUAAGCUCGUUUAUACAAUUUAUACCCAAGACGGAAAUAAAUUUGUGUGUUGAUGAAAUUA